AUGAGGGGCUCAACUCUUCCACUCCAUUGGAAGUGUUUUGCCUUCAUACGUUCUAUCAACGACAACGCCCAUGACACUAAUUUCGAUUCGGAGGUUCGUAAACUGAGCUUGGACGAAUUAGCUUUCUGUUCUAUCAGGUUCGAAGAGAGACGACUCAAUCCCGUGAUUCCCUGUUUCAAAGCGUCGAACAUCCGGGAGUACAUGGUAAAGGCACAGGUUUCGUGUCUGGAUCGCCCGGAGAUUUUCAAGCGACUGAAGCGAUUAUCUGCACAAUCUGAGGGAAAGCCAUUUUAUGAGAUCUAUAACACGGCAUAUAUCAUUCAUAACGAUCCCCUCUAG